UCGUUGGGAGAGUUUGGAUAUCAUUGAAAAAGUGGAUUCAUCCCCAUGGAUCUCAAAUUUAGUAGUUGUAUGGAAGAAAUCAGGGGCAAUUAGACUCUGCGUAGACCUUCGAAGAGCCAAUCAGGCAAUCAUACCUGGCAAGCAUCCACUUCCAACAAUGGAAGACAUAGCGGCAGAGUUUUAUGGAUCUACAGUAUUUUCGAAGCUGGACUUAAACCAGGGGUACUUGCAAAUACCUUUGGCAGAGGAAAGUCGCUUUAUUACAGCAUUUGUAACACAUAAGGGGACUUACCAGUUCAAGAGAAUGCCAUUCGGUUUGGCAUCGGCCCCAAGUGCCUUCCAGAAAGUCAUGGUUACGGUCGUAGCCGGAAUACCAGGAGUUGCUGUCUACAUGGACGAUAUUGUCGUUCAUGGGCCAGAUCGACCAAGUCACAAUAAGAGACUGAAUGAUGUGUUUCAACGACUACAACAUCACAAUUUGACACUAAAUGUGGACAAGUGCACUUUUGCAGUUAAGGAAAUAUCAUUUGUGGGACACAAUAUUUCGGCGAGUGGUAUUCGUUCUCUAACAUCUAACAUAGAAGCAGUUGAAAGACUGAAAGAACCGACAUCAGUGACAGAACUAAAUUCAUUCCUCGGUAUGACAAAUUACUACCUCCGGUUCGUGCAGGGCUAUGCUGAUAUCUCUUCUCCUUUGCGGUGCUUAUUACGGAAGGAUGCCCAUUGGGAAUGGUCCACUGAAUGUCAAACGGCAUUUGACAAAUUGAAACAGCUUGUCACAUCAGCACCAGUUCUUGCCCACUUUUCAUCCACAGCGGACACCUUUGUGUCGUGUGACGCUUCUGGAGUAGCUAUUGGGGCAGUAUUGUCUCAAAUACAAGAUGGACAGGAACGUCCUGUGGCAUAUGCGUCCCGUGCGUUGUCACCAGCAGAGCAGAAAUAUGCUGUGGGAGAACGGGAGGCAUUGGCCUGUGUGUGGGCGUGUGAGAAGUGGCAUGUAUUUUUGUUUGGACGACCGUUUGUACUUCGUACCGAUCACCAAGCCUUGGUAUCACUGCUAUCUGCGUCAGGAACAGGUCAAAGGCCAUUGCGAUUACACCGGUGGACAGAACGGCUGUACAAGUAUACAUUCCGCGUGGAAUAUCGACCUGGUCAUUCCAAUCAAGUUGCUGAUCUACUGUCGAGGUCACCAGCUCCAGCUGAGAAUUCAGCAUGGGACUCUGAUGAUGUGGAAGAAUGUAUAUUAUUGUUGAGCACAUGGAGCCCGGGGGUACCCUUGGAUGAAAUGGAAAGGGAGUCAGGUGCAGAUGCAGAAAUCCAAACGGUUUUAAGGUGCAUCCGGGAAGGAUGGCACGAUGUCAAAGGAGAGUCCCGUCCUUUUUGGAAUGUUCGACACGAGUUGGCACCUGUGGGUGGAAAGUCGAGUUGUCUGAUGAGAGGGAAUCGAAUAGUCGUACCAAGGUUGCUGCAGAAACGGGUGCUACAGCUAGCUCAUGAGGGUCACUUGGGGGUUGUUCGUAUGAAACAGAGAUGCCGAGAGUUUGCCUGGUGGCCUGGGAUUGACCGCCAAAUUGAGCAAAUGGUGAGAGAUUGUGAGCCCUGCCUUGUCAGCGGGAAGUCUCGCCAACCUGUACAUGCUCCAUUACAACCUACUCCUUGGACAGCGGUACCGUGGCAACGACUUCAGGUAGAUAUCUUUGGAGAAAUUCAAAUAGCAAUGGCUCACCAGCGAUACGCUAUUGUAGUUCAUGAUCUGGGAUCAAAGUGGCCAGAAGUAAGACUGUGCUCACAAGUGCGGACGCAAGAGGUUGUGCAGUUUUUGGAAGACCUUAUUGUUAGGUGGGGGUUUCCUGAGUCGAUAACAACGGACAAUGGACCUCAGUUCCGGUCGUAUGAGUUUCAGCAGUGGUUACGAGAACGGGGUAUUCGCCAUAUUCUCACACCACUGUAUCAUCCAAAAGCAAAUGGAGGAGUCGAAAGAUUCAAUCAAGUGCUUAAACAAGGCCUGAAGACAGGGUUGUUGGAAGGACGUUCACAGGGCUGCCACACUUGGAAGAGCAAAAUAUCCGUAGGCGCAGUGACGCACGGCCACGCCCACCUAAUUUAGAAUUUAGGAUGACCGCGCCCACGCAUUUUUUGUUUGCACGUUUUCUUGGUACAGUGUAUUAAUGAAAUGCUACUACGCGUAAUUGCAGAACAGCAGCAACAGUUAUUUACUAUAUAUCCAUAACUGUUAGAACUAAAGAACAGCAGAAAGUUUUAUUUACCACAAAUCCUUAACGAAUAAGCU